UUAAGCAGAACCAGAGCCUCACAAACUGCUGUAUGUCGAAAUGAAAUUGAACCAAAGGGAGCCUGGGCCAAAAAUAGUUAACCAUAAAUAGAUCAAGAUCAAGGAGCAAUAGGAGGUCAAGACAAUUGCUGUUGACGCAACGAAGAUGUCAUAAAGAAGAUGAAAUUCAGCAGAUCGAGCUUCAUUCCUUCCUGAACUCUGCUUUGCAAGACUAGAGCAAGGGACAGAAGUGGUGGAGGACAAACACAUAAGUGGUGGAUUCCUCGCAGAGCACCGCGGGCGGGCAGCCGCCUGUGGAACCUAAGAUGAAGGGCCUUCUCAAGGGCCUCCGAUACAUCUCACAAAUUUUUGAUGCGAAGGAGCCGGAGAUGCAGAUCGGGAACCCGACGGACGUGAAGCACGUCGCGCACAUCGGCUGGGACAACGCCUCCGUCACCGCGCCGCCCAGCUGGAUGAACGAGUUCAAGGGAACGACAGGCGGCGAGCCGGAGCCGUCGCAGACCGGGGGAGCGGGAGGGGACAGCGCGGAGCAGCCAGGUGGUGGUAAAGCGGAGCAGGCGGAGCGACCGCGGCGAGGGGCGCGGGGUAAAGGAUCGGGGGCCAGCGACGCGAAGCGGCGCGACGAGGGGCCGCGGCGGCCGCCGAAGACGGAGGUGGCGGAGAGCUGCGAGGGAGAAGCCACGGCGGCGGACAAACCGAAGCAGAGGCGGAGGAAGGCGAGGGCGUCGGGAGGCACCUCGUCGGGUCGGUCCAAGUCGUCGUCGGGGGGCGGCGGUGGCGGCGGCGGAGACUGCGCCCCCGCAGCCGACCCACAGGAGGCGAGGCCGGCCGCGUCGGAGGACGACGGCGAAAAGUGCUUCUGAUGCCGGCGACGGCGAGAGGCGGAGGAAGUGGCCGACACCGCACUGCUCCGCUCGCUUCCCCCCUCCCUUGCUUGGCUUGGACGCGCGAUCGCUCGCUUGUUGAUGACUUUUUUCUUAUUUUUUUUUGGCGUGGCAAGCACGAUGCAUAUUUGGGAGGAUUUUGAAUUUGAACUUGUUUUGUUUGGAUUUGAAAUUUUUGCGCUGCUUGCAGAGAAGCCAUCGACUAGGAAAGAAUUUAUAUGGGCCUUUCGUCUUUUCUAUUCUGAUUUUCUAUCGCAUUUAUUUUGACUCAUUAGAGUUGUAUGUAAUGUAAUGUAGAGUUGGGCCGAUGAACAAGUGGCGGCCCGUCACGUUGUACUGUAUACUUUCGUAGCGUGUUUUAUGCAAGGCCCAAGUAGGCCCAAACAAAUAUAUUUGGCUUUCUUUGUAUUAACAGGCUGAACAAGCGGACCUACAUGGGCUUCUUUCUUCCAUUCAUGGUCUGUACUGGCU